AUGUGCAAACACAUUCUCAACGCCCAAGUUUCCGUUCGGUCGCCUUGUUGUCGAAAAUGGUUCGACUGUGUCGAAUGCCACAGCGAACAGGAGUCACACCCUCUUAAGGAAAGCUUCGAGAUGAUUUUCGCGUGUAAGAAGUGCAGAAAGUGCUUCAGAAAGGAUGUGAAGGAGUUCGAAGAGGCCGACGAGUUUUGCCCUCAUUGCGACAACCAUUUUGUAAUCGACGCAAAGACCCCUCAAGCAGCUCUUUCGAUUGAAAGCGACGAUGUACGAAUGGACAACAAGAUGCUCAAGGACGACAGACAAAAGACACGAGGGCUCAGGUCCAUCUUCGACCCGACAGAGGAAGCCGACAAGCUGGGUUAA